AUUGUAUCUGUUGUAGAUCUGCAUUUUGUUAUUACCUAGCUGAUAGCUCGAAUUUUUGAGAAUUUAUAUACUUAAGUAAUAAUAAAUAGUAUCUAAAUGGACACUAAAACUGAAUUUAAAAUCCCGGACAAGUGCGAGUUGGUCUAGCGCACUAAGGGUCCCGUACAAACUUAUGUACACAUGUAACAUAGGUACUACAUGAACAUGCUCUGGCAGCAAAACGGCGUGCUCACCAAAUAUUUAGAAGCUUUUCGAAAUUUUGAUAGUGUUGAUUUUUUCACAGCUGAAACAGAACAUAGACACAAGUAUUUGAUAUAAAUUUUAUUUUAAUAUCUAUAUACGUUUCCGAGAAUAAGGUUCUUGACAGACAGACGGAAGGACAGACGGAUAACAAAAUUAUUCAAUAAGGGUUCCUUUUUGACGUACAGAAUCCUAAAAUAAAGACAGGACAGUCGCAAACAUGAAGGUGGAGUUCAAUAUAUCCACCAACAAAAUAUUUAGUCAUUUAACGUGCCAUCGCUGGCCCCAGGGCCAGGCAGGGGCAGGGCAGGCCAAGGGCAGGCUUCUCUCGCUCUUCCUUGGGAGAACUCAGCGCACAACAGUCAAAAGCAAUUGGAAAGUCGUGCCGAAGGAUUCGUGUGAGAUAUAUAGAGAGAGAAAGAGGCGGCAAAUAGUUAACGAAAGACGUAAUCGCAAACAUAAUGGAUUCGAUAAGAGAUGCGAGGAUGUUGUUGAUGAAGAAAGUAAUAAAGUGGAUCAACGAAGGGAAACAAAGAAAAAUCGUAAGAGAAUCAAUAAAAAAGGAAAUAGAAAAAAUCAGAAACACUCUAAACGUAAACACAGACAACGGUGCAGUUCGCCCAUAUCUUCAUAUCACAGUACAUCAAUAACAUCAUGCUCAAGUUAUUCAGAUAUGGACUUGGAUUAAUUUACAGGAAAUAAAAGAUUUUCAUAUACCUACA